UGAUAAUAACGAGUUGUAACAAAUUAUUUUGAUUGCAUAUAUGCAUUUCCUGUGAUCACCUAUACUGGAACAAAUGAUCAAUGUCCUGACCUAUGUCUAGAAUUGAUGACUCAAUGACAUUUAAAUGUAUUUAGUUCAAUUAAAUUAACAAAAUUAUUAUCGAUUUUAUAAUGUUUGAUAACAACGAUUUUACUGUAGUUUGCCGCUAGAUAGAUAGAGUCAGCGACAUCAUUUCCACAAUUAACAAUAAUGUAAAAAAUGUAUAAAAAUAAAGUUUGCGCAGAGUUUAACUUAUAUUAAAUUAUUCGUUGCACAAUAAAAUUCUCUUUUAGCAUUGUGUAAUUACAUAUACAUUACAUAGUUGUGUUAGUCACAUAACACUUGAAGUUAUUGAUUAAAUGUGGAAACUCGGAAAACAUGCGCGUUUUGCUUAGAGUCGCAGACGUCUCUGUAAGAGAAUGUUGCCCCACAAAGUUCUGCGUAUUUUUGUUAAUCUUUUUGUAAUCCUGAAUUUUGUGACUGGUGAAAUUUUAUUAAACAAAAAUGAGAAACGAACGACAUUCAGAAACGGCUAUCAGAUGUGUUUCAAUAGUUUUAAGACCCAGGAAAAUAAAAUUAUUCAAACACAGGAGUCUCGGAGUAUGGGUGCCACCUACUUGAAGGAAAUUGAUGUUAAUUCCAGAAACGAGUGCUUACAAUUUUGUUGUGAUACAAAGGAUUGUGACGUGUUUAUUUUUGAAGAAAAGAAACCUGGAAGUUGUUAUCUCUUCCAAUGCGGGCCGUUAGACGAUUUUAAAUGUAAAUUCACUAAUCAUGCGAAUUAUAGUAGUUCAAUACGCAUUAAUUACAAUACUCAAAGCAAUGAAGAAGGAAUUAGAAUUUCUCAACAAGAGCAUGAACUGAAGUCCCUUAGGAAUUUGGCAGACACAGCACCAGCACAAUAUUCAUUCACAGAACCUUCUACAAAGUUAGUUGCAACCUUAGCACCAAAACCAUUAACAACAGCCCCACCAGUCAAGCAAGGUUGCAGCCGUUAUCAAUAUGAAUGUCGUUCUUCUGGAGAUUGCAUAGCAGAGUAUAAUGUAUGUGAUGGCAUUCCACAAUGCGCGGACGAAUCCGAUGAAGAUCAUUGUCCUACAGAGAGACCGACUCUUCCUCCGGUUAUUCAAGGAGCACAACCACCUCCACCACUUUUACCUAUUGACAACAUAAAAUAUCAACAAAUGGUUGAGCAAAAUAAAUUUCCAGUUCCACAAUACGCUCAUCAAGAAGUUAAUUCAUGGAUGUUACCUAAUUCAGAUCAUCAAAUGAUUCCACGACCUAUUUCAUAUCCAGGGCAACCAAUGGAAGUAUAUCCAGUUCACAAAGACUUUGGUACUCCAAGAUAUCAGUUGAAUUUGCAACCAGUUUAUGAUCAAGCUAAGGAUGUAUAUAGUCCUGUUAUCCCUUUUCAUGAACAGAGCAACUUGAAUCGUUAUGAACAUCAACCACAUAGUUUUAACCAUAAAGGGCCAAACGUUAUGGGUGAGAAAGAGACAGAUAGUGGUGCAUAUUUAGAGGAAAGACAUCCAUACAUUUCACAUUAUGGAUCACCGAAUAGAGCUUCAUGGCAAAAUACCCAAAUUUUUCCGUCUCCUUCUCCAAUAUCGAAUUUGCAACAAAAACAAGUUGAUGAAGUAGAAAAUACUGUUGCUAGUACAAUAGCACCUCCUUGUGAUAUACCAAAUGAACAAAAGUACAUACCAAAAGAUAAAGAAAUUGUAAAAGUUCAUCAGCAAGAAGAGAAGCAUGCUGUUCACGAAAAAGAAAUGAAGCAGAAAAAUGACAAAUCACAUGCAGUAAAACAUGAAACACCAACAUUGAAUCAUGCAAAAGGGAAAGAGCCAAAAGAACAUAAAAGCGUAAUAGUUAUCAAAGAUCACAGCACAGAGCAUGGUAGGAAUACUAUUACAGCGGAUUUUCUAAAACAACUCAACGACAUCGAGGUUCUGAAACCUAGAGGAGCUGUUAUAUCGUUAGCUUUAGGACUUACAAUAACAGCUAUUACAGCUACGUUAAUAGCUUGUCGUUUACGGGUAGUUCGAAGACGUAGAAGACGGCAUGGAUCAUAUGCUCAUGACGCCGAUUAUUUAGUAAACGGAAUGUAUCUUUAAGUAAGUACGAACUCCUUUAAUCCAAAAAGAUCUUGUAAUAUUUUCAUACUAUUUUAAAUAAUAAAAAAUGUUCCACUUAAAUAAUUUUGUAUUCAAUAUAAAACGAAAAUGUAUGUUUUCGAACGUAUUGAUAAAUUUUAUGUAAGCAUAAUUGUAUUGAACUUAUGUAUAUCAGUAUAUUUAUAUAUCUAUAAAUAUUC